AUGGAGUGUUUUAAUUCAUCAUGCGUAACUGCAACGACGGGUGUAGCUCCAUCUGUCUUUGCUUCAGCAAUUCAGUUUUUAGCUGCAUUACAAUGUGGCGUUUCACAGGGAAUACCAGACACUGACGUGACAAAUGGAGAAAGUUUCAACUUCAUAAUCGUGGGAGCUGGAACUGCUGGCAGUGUCCUCGCAAACAGAUUAAGUGCGGUACCAGAAUGGAAGGUUUUACUCAUUGAAGCUGGAGGUGACGCUCCAAUAGAAUCUGAUGUCCCCGCGUUAUCUACGAACUUAUACCACACGAGGUGCGAUUGGGAUUAUUGGACGGCUCCUAAUGGAAGGACACACGGAGCUACUAUAGACGGAUGUAUAAAUUGGGCACGUGGAAAAAUGAUGGGUGGAAGUAGCAGUAUCAACGCUAUGAUCUACGUACAAGGAAAUGACCAAGAUUAUCAAAAUUGGUUCGACCUUGGUAAUCCUGAAUGGAGUGUUGAAGAAGUUCGUCGGUGUUUUAAGAAAGCAGAAAGUUUACAAGAUAUGGAUAUGUUGACCAAUCCUGAUAUAAGCGAUCACUACGGGCACGAUGGAGCAUUAACUGUAAACUCAUUUAACUACACACACCCACAUCUUAGAGAAAAAGUAUUAUCAGCUUGGGAUGAGAUAGGUUUUAAGAAUGUGCCAGAUUAUAAUGUUGCCAACGUAUUAGGAUCUGGACGCAUGAGAGCAACAGCUGCUUCUGGAGAAAGACAAAGCUUUAGUAAGGCUUAUUUAAGGCCAAUACUUAACAGAAAAAACUUGAAAAUCAUGAAAAAUAGCUUAGUAACAAAAUUGAUAUUUGAUGAUGACUCUAAAACUGUUCGUGGAGUUGAGGUAGAACGUGAUUCAGAAACAUUUCAAUUAUUUGCUACUAAGGAAGUGAUUGUAAGCGCAGGUGCCAUAAACUCUCCACAGCUUUUAAUGUUGUCUGGGAUUGGACCAAAAGAACACCUUCUGUCAAAGGAAAUCCCAAUCGUAGUUGAUUCUCCAAUGGUGGGACAAAAUUUACAAGAUCACAUUUUUGUUCCUAUUUUCAUAUUUUGUGAUGAAACUGGAGAGCAAAGUCUAGCUGAUCAACAAUUUGAUGCAAUUCGCUAUCUUCAUGAUCGCACGGGAUAUUUAUCCCAUAACUUUGUUAUCGAUGCCUUAGCAUUUUACUCUGAAAACUCAGAUAUGACUUAUCCCCAGUUUCAAAGUCAUGCAGCAAUUAUAUGGAAAAAUAGUAACAUGAUGGAAGAAAUGUUAAGAACAUGGUUUACAUACAAAGACCAAGUAGCAAAACCAUUGGUUGAACUUAACAAAAAACAUGCAACCUAUAUGUUCCCAUUCCAUACCCUUCAUCCUAAAUCAAAAGGGGGUAUUUAUUUAAAAUCAAGAAAUCCAUAUGAUUACCCAAUAAUAGAUGCGAACUAUUUUGGUGAUUCAAGUGAUUUAGAAUUAGCCGCUAUUGGAAUUAAAAUGCUCACUAAAAUAGUGAAUACUACGGAAUUCAGAAAAAUAAAUGCAUUUUUAGGAAGAAUGGAAUGGCCCGCAUGCGAUGUUUAUGAAUUAGACAGUAUAGAUUACUGGAAGUGUGUUUGCUUGGAUAUGGCUUUUACUGUUUAUCAUCCUGUUGGAACAUGUCAGAUGGGACCAGACCCUAAUACAUCAGUAGUAGACAGUCGAUUGCGAGUCCAUGGAGUUAAAAACCUUCGUGUAAUAGAUGCUAGUGUAAUGCCAACUCAAAUAAGUGGGAACACUAAUGGUCCCACUGGAAUAGUGGGAGAAAGAGGAGCAGAACUGAUAUUAGAAGAUUAUAAUAAACUUUAA